GUUGCUUUGCUAAGCAGAGUGGCAAAUGUAGAAGCUCGCGGAAUUCGCGUUAGGUCGGAUCGACUACCUCUAUGCCCAACACGGUGUUGCAAUGGAAUACUGUCACUGUGCGUGUGACCCGUUUCUUGUUGUUUUUCCGGAAGCCUUGGCUCGCUUGUUCCCCCGCGGUGUGUGUCUAUGCUCGGGAAUCCUGGCUCGAUUUGUGCCUGUCACAUAUAUUGCGUAACUAUAUCGCGGCAGAGCGUCAACACUGCGCACUGUGGUUAAACGCCGCGACCUUUUGAUUCAGUGAAGUGGACUGUCGCUGGCUCGCAUUCCCUUUGUGAGCCCUUGUGGAGAUUUCCGGAUGCCAUCCGCUAGUAGUGGCCUCAGUAGCUAUCACCCUGAGACCAAAAUGAGACUCCUGAAUGAUGUGGGUAGUGCGGUUGAUGUUGAUGAAGGCAUACCUUUGAAGCGGUACUUCAGGUCUGGCAAAGAGAUGGUGCGAAUGGCUGAAGUUUACCACAAAGAAGGAAAUCUUGAGAGGGCCUAUAUACUUUACACCAAAUAUAUCACACUGUUUGUAGAAAAGAUGUAUAAGCAUCCUGCUAUGAAGAUGGGGCCUGUGCCUGAGUGGUUCCAAACAAAGAAGAAAUUAGACGAAGUUUUUCCCAUUGCGGAAAAAUUGAAAGCUGAACUCCUAGAAAAGUACACCCAAGAGUACAAGAUUCUACUAAAAAACAAGGAAAGGCAAGAUGCAGAAGAAGCGCUCCAGGAAGAGCGUAGAAAGAAGGAGCAGUUGGAGCAGCUUAUGUAUGAGCAGCAGAAGCUGUUUGCCCUGCAUCAGCGACAGCAGCAGGCAAAAAUGGUGCAGCCUGAGAGGCCAGAGACUCCACCGCCUCCUGCUGGUGGUAUAUCACCUUCUGGUGUUUAUCCAAUGCUGCUGGACCUGGAGAAUGGUGUCCCGAGCACUCCUCGGCCCAAGACGCCACCUUUUCCAACACUGAGCGACCUUGAAGUUCCAGACAUUCCUCCUAGGGCUUCGAAGCCCUCUGCUCCUCCCUUGACACCUGUGGAUAUGGUAAGAAAGGCAAUUCAGGCAAUUCCAGCUGUGGAUCGGAGCACAAAGCCUUUGCCAUUGCUUGGCACAGAUGUCUACUUUCUUGGCACCCAAGGGCUACGACCUGUUGUUAUGCCAGGAAGCCUUAUGUCCAAGUUUCUUCACUUGGCUCGAAAAAACACUGAGAAGGAGAUUGAGACAUGUGGUGUCCUUGCUGGAAAGCUUUCAAGGAAUCAGCUGAAUAUCAGCCACCUCUUGGUACCAAAACAGUCUGGAACUGCCAAUACUUGCUUCACGGAAAGUGAAGAAGAAGUGCUCGAAUAUCAGGACCAGAUGGGCCUUGACACGAUCGGAUGGGUGCAUACCCACCCGACACAGACUGCUUUCAUGUCCAGUGUAGACCUUCACACCCACUGCAGUUACCAGCUCAUGUUACCUGAAGCUGUGUCAGUAGUCUGUUCACCAAAGUAUCAUGAGAACAAGAUCUUCAACUUGACUGUUGACCAUGGUUUGCGAAUUAUCUCUGCAUGCCGUUCUACCGGCUUCCAUCUACAUGCUGAGGAUCAAAUCCUGUAUGAGGAAAGUAGGCAUGUCAAGGUGGACGAGAAGGCAUCAGUUACAGUGGUGGAUCUGCGAGCAUAAAAAAUGAACAUUUGGGUGAACUGGAAGCAUGUAUUUGGUGUAAAGAAUGAGAACACACCAAACUGUACAUUUUUGUAUAUUUUCAGUCCCUGGAAAGGGGAAUUGGUUAGGACACUCAGUGUUUAGUUACUCUCUGUGCUAGUCAUAACUGCAUACUUUACUUUGUCCCCUUGUUGUGCCUGGACUGCAUUUUUACUGACUUCAACAUCAGUUGCACAUGAGAAGCUUUAUACAGAAGCUAUAGCCUAGGAAUUGACAGCAGUCUUAGGAGCUGCCAGUGAUAUUAACUCCUCUAAAGUGGUGCUGUAUUCUGUACUGAUCAUUUUCAGCGAUAUUCCAGCAUGUGCCAGUUGGUGGUAGGAGCAGCUGUGACAAUUGAAUAUUGUAAGCAUGCAUACCUCCCAUCAGCAUUGUUUUUGCAGUCAUGUACUUGAGGGCAUCGAAAAGGGGUUAAUGAAUCGAGCCCACUACCACAAGCUUAUUUCGGAAUUAGGUAGCGGUCACCUUAUUUGCGAACCAUAAUACCUAAUUUUCCAGCAUAUAAGUUGCACCCAGACUGGUAGGCAGGCUUUUGAUGAAAAAUUUUGUUAUGUAGGUUGAAUUUUUGUAUAAGAGACACAUCUCUACUUGGCUGGCACAAUGAGAUGUGGCUGCCCAUGCUUGUAUAAUGAAACCUGAUAAUUCAGAAUUGCUUCAUUCAAAUUGAUGGUUAAUUUGAACUGACUGUCAGGUCCAGUGGGAGCCAUAUGCACUGCAAUGGAGAAAAACACUUGGUUAUUCAAAUCCAUGUGUUUGCAAGAACGUACUUGGCCAUUUGCACCCAACGCUUUUUGCUGAAAUCUGGUGCCCAAAAGUAAAUCUCAAGUGGCGUCAGCACUACAUUGUGCCAUUGAAUGUUUUGGUGCACAUUGGCGGGUGUUCCGCAUGCCUAUAAUAGUGCCAGCCAAUGCAGUGGCAUUCUGGUAAAUGCUUUAGCAGGUUUUCUGUACCUCACGUGUAGCAGACAACAUGAAGCAGGUGGCGCUAGUUCUGCCCUUCAUGCAUAUGUGGUGCACUGAAAUUGGCUCCUGGUAUUGCCUGUACCUCGCGUGGUACACAGCACAAGCCGUGUACUCCACGUUAGCGCUGACAACGGACUACCCUGAACGUGGUAUGCUAUCAAAGCAAUCAAGUCUCCAAUGUGGGUGCCCCAGUGUGUACAGCUUUUGCACUGUUUCAGAAAUUGCUGGCAUUUUUUACAGUGUACAUGUUGUACACCAUUCCACCGUGCACCAGAUGUUGAAGCAGAGCCUGUAUAUAUGUUUUUGAAGGCUGUUGAAAGAAAUUCAGCAUAAGAGCAGCAUCACUUGUGCUCCUUCUUUAAAAGGUUCUUUCACCAAUUUUCUUGGUUAGUGGUGGUCGGACUCUCACUUUCAUACUGAUGCAAAGGGCCCUGUUCUUGUGCAACGGAGUUGCGGGGUGCAUACAUCGCUGAACGCCAAUAUAGCUCGUUGAGAUGCACAUGCUCUCGCGCGAGAACUUUGGUGCAUUUGAACGUUUAUAUGCUGUGGUGGAGGGCUUGGGAAGCACUGUCCUCCUCUUCUCCCACCACCAUCUCCCCCCGUGGUGGCUGAGGAAGAGAAGGAUGGCAGUCACCUUCUACACUGGUGCUCACACCACUGGAAACAACAAACAUAAAAUGAAUUGGCUAAUAUGUAUAGCCGCCUAUACUACUGCUACAUACUACUGCUACAGAUGUGUAGGUUAAUGGUUCAGUUCUUUACAAAAUUACACAAUAUUCUCACUGCAACUAAUAUUCGCCCCCAAGCAUGCUAUUCUCUUAAAUUGACAAUCAUCGUCAAUUGUUUCUGGACAAUUCUUAGUUGUACGUCUGAAAUCCAAGAAAAGAAAGUUGAUGCUGCAAACAUGUGAGAAAACUGACUUGUCACUUCAGCGGGAAAAGCUGAGACGUUACUGCUGCCCAUAGCUGGCCAGAGAGCUUUACUCCUUGCGAGGGGCUUGAUCAAAAUUGGAUGAAAGAAUACCGAUAUCCAGUUUUUGCCUAGGGCCAGAAGUUCCUGCAUGUCUUUAGUGGCUUUGUAGGUUGCAGCUGUCAAGCUGCUGAAACACCAAGUUUUGUUUCCUUGGCUGCACCAUGCUGUGACAGCCAACAGAUUCUCCCACAAUGAUGUCACAAAGGGGCAGACCAACCACAUAUGAUGAGGGUGCCAAUAAGACCACCCGCGACUGAGUGGCACAUUUUUCGAUAAAUUACAUCUUUCUGAGCAGAUCUGACUAUAGUUUGAUAUAUGAGUCAUGCAGACCAGAAACUAAAAGAAUGUACUCUAAACUCAACUUUUCAAGAAAGUGCUGCAGCUUUCCUUUAAUUGACAGCACAACACUAAUGCACUUUCAAACUACUUUUGUUUUGGAAGGACAUUGCCUUGGAAACGCUUUUGCAGAAAAUUAUCUGAAACGUUUCAUGUCAACGUGUCAUGUCAACUAAGAGCCAUAAGUCAAUCACUUUUUAUUGCUUGUGUGGCUUCCCCUUCGCUUCUGCAAUUCCUACACACUCAAAGCAGCUUUCUUCUGGCAAGGGAAAUGAUCCACUCAGCGAUGAGUCACUGGCAGACAGGCAGUGUGUUAAGGCUCAUUCACUCUGCUGACUUGAGGAGGUCGCGCGACCAUUUCCAACUGGCUACCAAAAAGCAAGGCAAGGCAACCGAUGCUCGCAAUUGCAUUGCCAUGUAAAAUAAGUAUCAGCAUAUACAGACAUCCUGUUACUGCGCAUCUGAUUGGUUCAGCAGUUUUGUGACUGCGGUUGUGCGAUUGAAAAAUUGAGCAGUGAGCGGCUGGCCCAAAGUAGUCGCUUUUCAAGAAACCUGACCAUUUGCGACUGGUCACUUUGCGACCGUCACGCGACCGCUCUCAGUCGCCGGUGUGAAUGAGCGUUUAUGCUGCCAUUCUGCUUUUAUUAUGUCUCCUUGUAUGCAUCCAGUUAUGGCCAAUUUUAGGGGCACAAAUCGCCUGGCAUGCCUCACUUUUCUAAAAUACCACAUGGCUGUUCUUUAGUUGCUUUCUGCUUUGCAUUGCUUGCUGUUUGUGAGCUGGCACUGAUUAGUUUUGGCCACAAAAGAAAUCUGGCUCGUUCAGCUGAUGAAAUGUUGUCUUGCACAUAGCAUGGAAAGCAAACAUCAAGUGUUCCAAGGUUUCAGAUAAACAGAGAAUGACACGUGGUCUUUUAAGCCGAAUUGUAGUUUUCCUCCCACCUGUGGAGAAGCAAUAUUUUGAUGCGGGCAUUUACAAAAGCUUUGACUGAUCACUGGGCAGGUUUAUUUACUAUGUUCUAAAAGUUUUGCAUGAUCCCUUUCAGGUUGUCAUUGCUUUCUCACUGAUUGUAUGCUCAAAGCGUGUGGUCUCAUUUUGCUGAGAGUAGGUAAAGUGCUGCGCAUGAACAACACGGGUUGCUCUUCAUUUUGCAGAUGUGCGAAAUGAAAGUCUCUCUCUAUCAGUUUCAGUAGACUCCGAUUAGUGUGGGAGUUGUAAAUGCACCAGGAACUGACUAUGCCUAGAAACCACAAAGCUUAUGUUCUAUUAUUAUUUUUUUCUUUUAGCUCUUUAUCUGAGUAUACAAAAGACACUUUAGUGCUGUGGAUAUCUAUGCUACACAGGUAUGUUUGAUGCUUCAUUAUCUUAGAGGCCUCAAAGAAGUAAUGGCAAGAAUGUGUGAACAUACUUGCGUGUAGCAGCAUGUUUAUCAUAUGGUGUACGGGCAGCUGGUUGUUGCCCCACAGUCAGCAGUAAUACUUCUAGUACUUGUGUUCAUGCUCAAACCAGACUUGAGCAGGACUUUGAUGACAACAAAAAAACACUGUAAAGUACUGCUCUCAUAUCGCUGAAAGUGAUUGUUUCAGAGUAUGGCCUGUGUUUAGUGAUCUUUUUAGCUUCCGUUUAAGGAAAGUUAAUAACACCUGUGAAAAUAUUGUCUGCAUCUCAUGAGAGCUUUUAUGAAGUGAGUAUUAAAUAUUUCACAUUGUUCAAUUUUUGUGAAACUAUUUUUUGAUGUUGUACAAUAAUGAGAAGUAAGGCACCACUUGUGCAAUGAGGUUGGCAACCAGCAAUGUUAACAAUAAACUGCCCGUUUUCAAGGCCAUGUUUCUAUGCCUUUAUGCCACCUUUGGUACGAGCAGAGUUGUGCUGCACAUGUGUAUUUCAAGGUUGCAUGAAAUAAAAUCUUGACAAGUUCACUUUGUGAAACUGUUAUAAAUGGCUUGAGAGUAAGGGAACUUGGAGACCAAGAGCACAGAGGAUUUUAAUUCCUUGGAAAUAUAUUUUAUUCAUGUGAAAAUACUCACUGAGCACCGAGUUUAUAUAUGCCAGUCUUGUGCUGUGUUUAAUUUAUGGUGUGAAGACUCCAUUGGGAGUAAGUACAUUGGCAUAAAUGCUAGUAUUCUGUAUUAGGUAUUUAGUACAGAACUGCUAGCAGCCUGAACAUUCUUGUGUCUUAUACAUAGUGCAAUUACUGCUUUUGUUGAGUAGCACAUAAGGCAGCAUUCGUCUUUUGAAUCUUCUUUUUACAUCAUCCUUAUUUACUGGCACGACAUAAAUGGACAUAGUUGGAGGCUCUUGUAAGGUACCAGAAUGGAGCAAAAUGUUUGUUUGUGGGUGGGUGUAUGCUUGAGUGAGUGUGAGUGAGUGAAUUUAUAGGUGAUAUUUUUUAUGAGGAAGAUGGGCUGAGGGAAGAGAUGUCUCUCAAAGAUGAGGCAUUUUUAUGUGAUGGUCUGUCGUGUAUUCUUGGACAAGUUUGUUCAAAAAGGAUGUGGUUGGCUCUUGGAGUAUAUUUUAAUUAUGUGCAGUUACCUUUCCCUGAAAAAUGCUUUGUGUAUUCUGCAACUAAGGAACAAGUUACUGAUAGGAAGACUGGGCUUGCUGCUUUUUGGAAAAC